CUACCGUUCUCUAGCCUCUCGCCCGGCUACUUCUUCUUUUCUACAGUUCAACAAACCCCAUUUCAUGCAUCCGGGAACAGCCCUUGGCGGCGGGUACAUUUCUCCUUCUCGAUAGCGUCCUUAAUCCCCAAAAAUAAAAAACAUCAUCUUGAUCUUUUCAUCGCAUCUUGGAUACCCUCCACAAUCUAUGGCAGUUCCGUUCGAUGACAUUCAGUCAAACUCGGCUCCUUUCGAAGGCCCAGAGAAACUACUAGAGAUCUGGUUCGCCCCUUCUCCUCAGCACGUCCCAGACGCGCACGAUCCAAAGGAUGGCCGCAUCGGCCUCAGAAAAGUGCCCAGGCACGUGUGGGAGGACAUGCUUGACAUAGUCAAGUGCAAGGUCCUCAGUGUUAUCGACGGUCACGAGACAGACGCCUAUUUGUUGAGCGAAUCUUCGCUCUUUGUCUUUGCUCACCGUCUCAUAUUAAAGACGUGCGGCACCACUCUCAACCUUCUCGGUCUCCCCCGCAUCCUUGAAAUCGCCCGCGAAUACGCGUCCCUCCCUACCGUUUACAGAUGCUUCUAUUCCAGAAAGUCGUUCAUGUUCCCUGAACGUCAGCAAGGGCCUCAUCGCGAAUGGAAAGACGAAGUCGCUUACCUAGACGCCAUUUUCUCUAAUGGCUCGGCCUACACCGUUGGCAAGGUCAACGGGGACCACUGGCUAUUGUACAUCACUACCCCCGGCGAACACUCUCCUCUAGAUCGCUCGGUCUCAUCUAUUGAUUCACUCGAAGCCGUAGAUCUCGAAGAAGAAGAAGAAGCAAAGAUCAAUCAAGAUUACACCAUCGAAAUUCUCAUGAGCAAUCUCUCCCCGGGAGCUCGGGAGCCGUUCUUCAGCUCCGCACCUCCCACUCCCUCCGAGGACGCGUCCGUUGAUCCUGCAUCUGGCAGUGGCCGCACUUUAUCGGAAUCCAUCGGAAUAUCCGACCUUUUCCCUCCCCAUCUCACCACUCUAGACGCGUAUGCAUUCAGCCCUUGCGGCUAUUCUUGUAACGCACUUCUCCGAUGGGGGGAAGCAGAUACCAAAGAAGAAUCCGAGGAAACGGGCAAGAGAGGCGAAGGCUAUUACACCAUCCAUGUUACGCCUGAAGAAGGCUGGUCAUAUGCCAGUUUCGAGUGCAAUGUUCCUUUGUCCACUUCCCGCUCUUCGACUGCCAAGGAGAUACCCGACCUUCGUACCCUCAUCCGAAGGGUAGUCGACAUCUUUUGCCCGGGCCGACUCAGCCUCACGUUAUUCAUCUCGAGUUCAAACAACGAGGAUGUCGAAGAACUCGUCGGUGAAUCCGCUAUAGAGGCCGCGCAAAAGGCUUUCAAGUCUGCCAUGAUGGGCAGGCGACCUCUCUCUGGAUCAUCUAGUGGGUCGGAUGCCGAAGGUUCGGAGUGGCUGAGGAGAGGGAGGCGCUACCGGAGGACUGAUAAAAUUAACUAUGAGUUUGGGGGAUAUGACCUAGCUUUUGCAACGUUUGAGCUAUACUAAGGUUUGUUCAAGUCAUUAAUCGCCUAUCUCCAGCUGACAAUGAUCUCCUCGAUCCAGUUUUGCUGUUGUGGCACACAUCUAUUUGUUUCCGUCUUCGAGUAUCUCUUCCUCAUGCACGGGCCUAGAGGUUGUUUACAAGCCAUGCAAGGAAAAUGUUAUAGAUACUGUGGACUAAUUCUGAAUGACUGGUUGUUCUGGUGCAUGAUGUUACGACAACGAACCUUCCGGACUGAUAUUGAUUAUUCUCAAGAUUCGCAGAUGUGGUUUCUCAUGCGUGCAGUAAUAACUUGAAGGUGCCCUUCAUUGCAGUCAAUUUACG